AUGUGGUCCAAAACGGGAAUACUCCCUGGACUGGCAGCCCUUGCCCUUACUGUCGGCCUGUCUUCUACAGGUAAUGCACAAGCUGUUCCGCCUGUCGGUCAAGACCAGGGGGUUUCUGCUUGGGGUUUCGAUAUGAGCCAGGUUACUCUGAGCACCGGCCGGUUUUUCGACAACCAAGCUCGCACUCUGGUCUACCUCAAAUGGAUAGAUGUCGACAGGCUCCUCUACGUCUUCCGCAAGAAUCAUGGCCUAUACACGAACAACGCCCAACCAAAUGCCGGCUGGGAUGCUCCAGACUUUCCGUUCCGGAGUCAUGUUCAGGGCCACUUCCUGAAUGCCUGGGCUUUCUGCUACGCCCAGCUACAGGACUCUGAGUGCAAACGGAGGGCCACAUACUUUGCCGCCGAACUAAAGAAAUGCCAACACAACAACACAAACAGCAGAAAUGUUCCGUACUACGCCAUCCAUAAGACCAUGGCCGGUCUGCUCGAUGUCUGGCGCCUCAUUGGCGACACAAACGCUCGCGAUGUGCUUCUUGCCAUGGCAGCGUGGGUCGACCUCCGCACUGGUAAGCUUACGUACCAGCAGAUGCAGGAUAUGAUGGGCACCGUGUUCGGCGGGAUGAACGAAGUAUUGGCCGAUCUCUGCCGCCAAACAGGCGAUCAGCGCUGGGUUACGGUCGCCCAACGCUUCGACCAUGCCGCCAUCUUUAACCCUCUCGCAUCGAACCAGGACAGUCUCAGCGGCUUGCAUGCGAACACCCAGGACAUUGCGCGAAAUGCGUGGAACAUCACCGUCAGCGCACACUCAUACGCCAUCGGCGGAAACAGCCAGGCCGAGCACUUCAGGCUACCCAAUGCCAUUGCCGGCUUCUUGACCAGUGAUACAUGCGAGGCGUGCAACACAUACAACAUGCUCAAGCUCACGGGGGAGCUGUGGUUAACCAAUCCGGAUACGACGACAUACUUCGACUUUUACGAGCGGGCGCUGCUCAACCACCUCCUCGGCCAACAGGACCCCUCCAAUAGUCAUGGACACGUCACUUACUUCACCCCCCUCAACCCCGGUGGUCGCCGAGGAGUAGGACCUGCUUGGGGUGGCGGUCCCGUCAUCCUCAACGGCAACUACUGCAAUGAGAUCCUUUCGACCACGCCCGCGUUGGACUUGGCUACUGUGAAGAGGAGCGGAGCCACCGGGCUGGCUUUCACGGCGACGGCGGGAGGCAAGACGGUGAACCUUGGACAGUUUUAUGAUGCGCAAGGUUUCAACUAUAAUGUGUACUGGUCUGUCAAUGGGAAGCUGCCUGCAUGA